UCAUCAUGCAGAUCACUGGCCAGCAACGCUACCGUUCUGAUGCACUGACCGAUGCUGCAGGGUAUGUCAAUGUACGCAUGGGUUUAUGUGUAGUAUAAUGGCGACCGGCCGAUCAUUCAGUGUUCGCUACCCUCCGAAUCGGACCGAUUUCGGACUGGAUGCUGGCGAAAACAACGGAUAUAUUCGAACGACUGCAACUCCCAUGGACCGGGAAGGCUACAACCCUUUCUGGGCUUGGCUCGGCAUUAAUGAAUGGAAGAAGUACGGGAUUAAUCCGAGGACAGUUGCUGCGGGAGCGGUGAUGGUCCUCGCCGUCACGAUGUAUAUUUUCCAGGAGAGCCUUCUUGCGUUGCUCCACACACUGUGCGGUUUAUUCGCACCUGUUUUCAGCAUCGUCUGUGCAUUUUACUGGCUUGCACUGUACCUAAGGAAGUCCUGGACAGGAACAAAUGUCUAUGUUUUCUUCGUUGCCUGCUUCUUCGGAGAGGUUGCCGGACAAAUUUUCUUUGGAGCAGACAAUAUUUAUCGCGCCUGGCUCGUGGGAUGUGUCCUCGGCACGGCCAGCGUAGCGAGUCUCACCUCGACCCUGCCGACUUCUCGCUCGGCACUUCUUCUUACUUUCCUAAGUUUUGUCAGGUUCUUGAGCGGUUCAACCCUCCAUGGAUUGAGGCCAUGGUUGAGACCCUACCUGGCCUAUCUUUGUGGGAUUUUAGGGUGCAUUUUGUCCAAGUACACAGAGACGCACGUCUUUAAACAGACUCCAGUUUCGAUACCCCUUACCCCUGACGGAAAGAUCCCAGUGAUUCGGAGGAGGCGGACCUCAAGCCAGUCCAGCACAGCAAGCCUCAGCCACAAAACACGGCGAACGUCUCUUCCAGCACUCACACAGAAAAAUCAAGUGAGUAUACGAUACAUUCUUCUUCCUCCACCGUUUUGA